AUGCCCUUUGCGCAGCUUGUUCUCGGUAGCCCCGGCUCUGGCAAGAGCACUUAUUGCGAUGGCAUGCACCAGUUCAUGGGCGCCAUCGGCCGGGCAUGCUCUGUAGUGAAUCUCGACCCUGCCAACAACCACACCAACUACCCAUGUGCACUCGACAUUCGAAGUCUGAUAAAGCUGGAAGAUGUCAUGAAAGAAGACCGACUAGGUCCAAACGGCGGCAUAUUAUAUGCUCUUGAGGAGUUGGAGCACAACUUUGAGUGGUUAGAAGAAGGCUUGAAAGAGCUCGGCGACGACUAUAUCUUGUUUGAUUGCCCUGGCCAAGUCGAGCUCUACACGCACCACACUUCUCUGCGAAACAUUUUUUACAAGCUUCAGAAGUCCAAGUAUAGGCUCGUCUGCGUACAUUUGUCCGACUCCAUCUGCGUAACGCAACCGUCUUUAUACGUCUCCAACGUGCUCCUGUCCCUUCGGGCCAUGAUCCAGAUGGACAUGCCGCAUGUCAAUGUUCUGUCCAAGAUCGACAAGGUGUCGGAAUACGACGAGUUGCCGUUCAAUCUUGAAUUUUAUACUGAUGUCGACGACCUAAACUAUCUCACGCCAUAUCUUGAAUCCGAGUCUCCGGCCCUGCGCAGUGAAAAGUUUGCUGGACUAAACGAAGCCAUUGCCAAUAUGAUAGAGAGCUAUGGGCUCGUGCGGUAUGAGGUACUUGCUGUUGAGAAUAAGAAAAGCAUGAUGCAUCUGCUUCGUAUUAUUGACAGAGCAGGGGGGUAUGUCUUUGGCGGCGCGGAGGGUGCGAAUGACACCAUCUGGGCCGUAACCAUGCGGAGCGAGUCCUCCAUGCUGGACGUUCAGAAUAUACAAGAACGCUGGAUCGACCAGAAAGAGGAGUAUGAGAAGAUGGAACGGGAGGCGCAGGAAGAACAAGAACAGCUUGCAGGGGAGCAGGCCAUGGAGUUGGAUAAUGCAGCGCCGCCGCCAACUCUAGCCGCCGCAAGCCCGCCGACGCAGACGGAUCCUGACUUUGGGGAUAUGUCGGUGCCGUCAGAUAGUGGGAUCAAAGUGGUUAGAAAAAAAUGA